AUGCCUCCAGGUCGGUGGGAGAAGACGAAAAGCGUUUCCAAAAAGGGCUUCGAUAAAGCAUGGGACACUGUCGACAAGCUCGGUGGCCCGGUCAAUCGCCUCUCGAACAGAUUGGGCGCGGAAGCAUUCUGGCCCAUGACUAUCGACAAGGAAAGCGACAAAGCCGCGCGUAUUCUACGCAGCUUCUGCACAGACGGCUUCUACGCCCCCGAAUCCGAAGUCAGAACGGACGAAAAUGGCAAGAUCAAUCGCCCCAAGGGCAAGCAACAGCGCGUUAUUAAGAAGAUCCCAGCCAAGGUUCUGCGGAACGCCAAGGGAAUCGCCAUCUUCACGACCAUGCGUACCGGUCUUUGGCUGAGUGGUUCCGGUGGCAGUGGCGUGCUACUCGGUCGCAUCCCCGAGACUGGCGAAUGGAGUCCGCCAUCCGGUAUCAUGUUACACACGGCCGGGAUUGGUUUCCUUGCUGGUGUGGAUAUCUAUGAUUGUGUGGUAAUCAUCAACACAUAUAAGGCCCUGGAGGCUUUCAAAACAUUCCGAUGCACUCUUGGUGGCGAAGUGAGUGUCGCCGCAGGCCCUGUUGGAGCCGGUGGCGUCCUUGAGUCUGAGGUGCACAAGCGCCAGGCUCCCAUUUGGACAUAUAUGAAGAGCAAGGGUCUAUAUGCGGGUGUGGCGAUUGACGGUACUAUCAUUAUUGAGCGCACGGAUGAGAAUGAGCGCUUUUACGGCCAACGCCUUUCUGUCAACGAGAUCCUUUCUGGCAAGGUCCGACACCCACCAUACGAGCUCAAAACGCUCAUGGAGACCCUCAAAGCUGCUCAAGGCGACUCGGAUGUGGAUGAGAGCGUUCUUCCCCCGCCGGGCGAAACACCUGGUGACCUGGAGAUAUCAGAAGAUGGUACCUCCUUCGGCGUGCCGGCUCCAGACGACCCGGAUCCAUACGGCGUGAAGGCAUUGGAGGCAGAGGGCCUUUUUAUCCGGGAGGCCGGCACGAAGGUAAGACCAACUCGUGAUACUUUUGAGUUCCGGCCGAACCCUGGCAGCCCUAUCUUUGCUACGUUCUCGCGCCGCAGCAUGGAUAGCUCGCCGCGGAAUAGCUGGCGCGCUAGUAUGCAGAGCCACAAGAGUAACAGAAGCUAUGCCAGCGUUGAUCGUGGCACACAGACUGAUGACGCUCCGCCAACUGCGCCUACGUCUGUGAGCCGUGCGUCGUCCCGCAGUGCCAAGGGGUCGACUGCUCCGUCGAUGAAUGCUUGGGAUGAGGAUCCUGCCAGCUGGGAUGCGGUGCCCCUCCAUGGAUACAAUGAUGAGUUCAAGAGCGAGGAUGACAAGGCCGAGUCCAACGGGGAGGAAAGGCAAGCUGAGAACGACGUCGACGAAGAUGAUGACAUCGAGGUUCAUGAAGUCAACAAUGCGAUCGUCACGCCGCGGGAGAGUGUCCAGUCAUCCCCAAAGAAAACGGAAGAACAGAGUGACACCGAAGCCAAGCGUCUCUCGCCAAGCUUUAUCCGUGCUCGUCUUGUGAACAUCCCGGCCCGCGUUCCUCCUGCUUUGCCGCCUCGUCACCCGCAGCACGUCUGGGGCUCUGGAUCCAGCCGUGAAUCCACCUCGCCUACCGCUCUCUCCCACUCCAGCCACAACACCUCUCCCACCGAUGUCGCCGAGGGUGAGUCUGGCGACGUGCCCUCAUCCCCAAAGAAGCUCCAGACCGCCACCGCCAUCCCUACUGUCGUUGAUGACGAGGAGUUCGUCGACACCGCCGAGUUCCCAGCUGCCAGCGGUGACGAGAUCGAGGACCACACCGCCACCGAGAAUGGUACCACCUCAGACGCCGAACGGAAAGGGUCAACUGAGACCGUCUCUGCUUCGAAGCAAGAAACAGACGAAGAGCCCGGAAACCUCCUCGACGUCAAUGUGUCUCCCGACCUCCAGAAGUCUCCGAUCGACUCCGAGCUCGGCGCAACAGACGAUACCCCCGAGGUCGAAGAGGCCCUCGACAAAAUCGAAGCCAAGUAUGAUACUAUGGAAGGCGAGCCGUCCUCCAAGAUGUCUCAUGCUGAGCAAGCCGAACCCGAGGAGUCUCCUGGUGGCACUAAGAUCGACAGUACCUUACCUCAUGCCCGGGCUGAGUAA